CAGAGAAUUCAUAAUGGAUAGAAAUCUUAGAAAUGUAGUAAAUGUUGAAAGGCUUUCAAGAGUAAGUCACAUUUUACUGAUCAUCAAAGAAUUCAUACUGGAAAGAUGCAUUGUGAAAUAUCAGGAGUGUCGGAUGGGUUUUCUCUACUACUUAGAUCUUACUGUGCAUCAAAGAAUUCAUAAUGGAGGGAAACCUUAUGAGUGCAGUCAAUGUGGGAAGGCCUGCAGGGAUAAGGCAGAACUUACAGCUCAUCACAGAAUUCAUAGUGGAGAGAAAUCAUAUCCAUGUAAUGAACGUGGAAAGGCAUUGAGCAGGAAGGACCACCUUAGUAGUCAUCAGCAAAUUCAUACUGGAGACAUCCUUAAUAUAUUUAAGGAGUAUGGGAAGGCUUUCCGCGCAGAUCCUAUUGGACAUCAAAAAAUUCAUACUGAAGAACAGCCUUGUGUAUAUGUUGAAUGUGGGAAAAUGUUCAGAGUGAGGACACCACUUACUCAACAACAUAGAAUUCAUUUAGGAAAGGAUUGUUAAGAGUGUAAUGCAUAGAGGAUGGCU